AUGGAAAGUUUCAAAUGGCCGCGAUGGGAAGAACGAACGAUCGAUUGCACAACGACACAAGAAAAGGAACCAGAUCAAUGCACAUUGAUCGCACGAAAUGCCAAAAUACCUCGAGAUCCUACUAAAUACAAGUGUCGCCGUGAACAAAUGCCAGUCAAUGGCAGGAAUAUACUAGCACCAAAUUCUACAACAAGACUAGCAUGUCCUAUUGGUUGUGAACCAGACGCCAAGCUUUCUGUUUUGGUCAAAUCACCCCAAAACAAUCAUCUAUGUCAAAAAUACUACACAUAUGGAAAAUAUCGCGAUCAGAAAGAAGGUGAAUGGUACCUCUGGUUAACUGAACCAUGUCGAGCAAAUUUAACAACAUGGUGUCGUUUUAAGGAUAUCCCACUUUUCAUCCCAAAACUUCGAAAUCAAUGA